AUGUUUGCGGGAUCCUUUCUUGCAGGAAUCAUUCCGUUAUUUUUUCAGUUAUCUGAGGAACGCUUGAGGAUUACCUCAGCUCUUGGCAUUGGAUUACUCGUGGGAACGAGUCUGGUUGUUAUUAUUCCUGAGGGUAUAGAGACACUGUACAGUAUAGAAUUUUCCAAUGACAUAUCGGUCAAAGAAAUACUACCCUAUCUAUCUCAAGGUCCGGAUGCUCCAACGUCAGCGGAUUCUUCCAGCGGGACAAUAACCAAUUCCAUGAAACGACGCGACGAUCUUGACCUUGACGCUGACGGCGAGGAUGCAUCCUUGCUGUUCUCUCCUCCUCCGAGUCAUUCUCACAAAAACUCGACUCACCGUUAUGUUGGCCUAUCCUUGCUUCUUGGAUUCGUCCUAAUGUUCCUCAUCGAUCAAAUCGGCGCUCCUCACGCUCACGCUUAUACUUCUGAAUUUCCCGAACGUCACUCCCCAGCUUCUUCCGAGCAUUUGGACAUGUCAUCCGAUUUAGAAGCCCCAAAACACCAGUUGUCUUCAAUAACGAUUGGUCUUGUAAUUCAUGCGGCAGCAGAUGGAAUCGCCCUCGGUGCAUCAGCGAAUCAACCAAAUCUGGAGCUGAUGGUCUUUCUCGCAAUCAUGCUUCACAAAGCACCAUCUGCCUUUGGUUUAUGUGCUGUCCUGCUCCGCGAAGGACUUGGUCGUCGACAAAUUAGGAGACGCGUAGCAAUAUUUUCCGCAUCUGCUCCGACUACGGCAAUUCUGACAUGGAUUUUACUGGGAAACAUUGGUGAUGUGGGGACGGCAAAGGCGCUGUGGUGGACGGCGGUGUUGUUGCUGUUCUCGGGGGGUACGUUUCUUUAUGUUGCUAUGCAUGUAAUGAAAGAUUUAAAUGGUUCGGAAAGAGGACAUACGAGUAAACUGCCAAGGAAGAUUGUUACGGCAGUUAUCAUAGGAAUGUUUGCUCCGAUCUUAUUGGAGUUGGGACAUUUAUAG